GCAUCAUCUGGUAGUCCAUCCAACACUUCUGGUGCUUCCUCAAACACUUCUGGUGCCUCAUCUGGUACUCCAUCUAACACUUCUGGUGCCUCAUCUGGUACUCCAUCUAACACCUCUGGUGCAUCAUCUGGUGCAUCAUCUGAAACUAGUGCAUCAUCUGGUAGUCCAUCCAACACUUCUGGUGCUUCCUCGAACACUUCUGGUGCUUCAUCUGGUGCUUCCUCGAACACUUCUGGUGCUUCAUCUGGUACUCCAUCCAACACUUCUGGUGCUUCCUCGAACACUUCUGGUGCUUCAUCUGGUACUCCAUCUAACACUUCUGGUGCCUCAUCUGGUACUCCAUCUAACACCUCUGGUGCAUCAUCUGGUGCAUCAUCUGAAACUAGUGCAUCAUCUGGUAGUCCAUCCAACACUUCUGGUGCUUCCUCAAACACUUCUGGUGCUUCAUCUGGUGCUUCCUCGAACACUUCUGGUGCUUCAUCUGGUACUCCAUCUAACACAUCUGGUGCUUCAUCUGGUACUCCAUCUAACACCUCUGGUGCUUCAUCUGCUACUUCCUCGAACACUUCUGGUGCUUCAUCUGGUGCUUCCUCGAACACUUCUGGUGCUUCAUCUGGUACUCCAUCCAACACUUCUGGUGCUUCCUCUAGUAGCUCCACUUCCAACAGUGGCAUUCCAACUGAAAGCUCUACAUCUAACGGUAAUAAUCCAAGUACAUUCUCUUCUUACAGUGGAUACAGAAACACCACGUCUACUGACAUAUCCUCUACUGUUUCUUCAUCUCUAACUGAUUUGACUUCCACUGGUACUGCCACUGGUGUUUCAUCUGCCACUGGUACUGCCACUGAUACUGGUGCUUCAUCUGCUACUGGUACUGCCACUGAUACUGGUGCUUCAUCUGCUACUGGUACUGCCACUGAUACUGGUGCUUCAUCUGCUACUGGUACUGGUACUGGUACUGGUGCUUCAACUGCCACUGGUACGGCCACCGGUACUGGUACUGGUACCGGUGCUUCAACUGCCACUGGUACGGCCACCGGUACUGCUACUGGUACCGGUGCUUCAUCUGCCACUGGUACGGCCACCGGUACUGCUACUGGUACCGGUGCUUCAUCUGCUACUGGUACUGCCACUGAUACUGGUGCUUCAUCUGCUACUGGUACUGCCACUGAUACUGGUGCUUCAUCUGCUACUGGUACUGGUACUGGUACUGGUGCUUCAACUGCCACUGGUACGGCCACCGGUACUGCUACUGGUACCGGUGCUUCAUCUGCCACUGGUACGGCCACCGGUACUGCUACUGGUACCGGUGCUUCAUCUGCCACUGGUACAGCCACUGGUACCGGUGCUUCAUCCGCAACUAAUACUGGUACUGGGACUGGUGCUGGUGCUUCAUCUGCCACUGGUACAGCCACCGGUACUGGUACUGGUACCGGUGCUUCAUCUGCCACUGGUACUGCCACUGAUACUGGUGCUUCAUCUGCUACUGGUACUGCCACUGAUACCGGUGCUUCAUCCGCAACUAAUACUGGUACUGGGACUGGUGCUGGUGCUUCAUCUGCCACUGGUACAGCCACUGGUUCACCUGCAACUGGCGCUUCUAAUGGUUCUUCCAACAACCCUUCAUCGGGUAAAACGAGUUCAACGGUUUCUAACAACAAUGCUGGUCAACCAACCACAAAAAGCACUUUCGCUCCAGAAACUUCUAACAGUAGUAAUACAGGGUCAUUCUCGGCAACUGGGGCAACAAGCAAUGCGGCCACCCCUACAGAGAAACCAAAAGCAGACACUGUCACAUCUUCCGCUAGCCAAGCAUCUAACGGACCAGCUAAAAACACAGUUUCUCAAGUUACAGGUGCGGCUAACCCUACGAACAAUGCGGGCGAACAUACAAACACGUCUGCUCAAGCUCCGAACUCAGCAUCAUCGACCCUCGUCUCUGUUUCUGUUCCUGCUUCUCCAGGAACUCAAUCUGUGUCUUCCUUAUACAAAGAUGCAGCCUCUAAUGUCCAAGCUAACACCUUCUUUAUGGCUUUAGUUAUGGUGGUUCUAGCUUUGUAA